CCGCCGCCGCCGCGCCCCGCCCGCCCUGUGCCGCCCGCGCCGCGGGACGCGCCGCCCCACGCACACGCUCGCCGCGCCCGGCUCCGCGCAGCUCCCGGCGGCCUGGGCGAAAACGCGCCCCGGCCCCGCGCACCGAGACUUUUGUCCCCUAGCGUUUGACACUGAGUACCAAAGAAAUGGUGAUGGAGAAGCCAAGUCCCCUGCUCGUAGGGCGGGAGUUCGUGAGACAGUACUACACCCUGCUAAACAAAGCUCCUGACUUCUUGCACAGGUUUUAUGGCAGGAAUUCUUCUUAUGUUCAUGGAGGACUGGAUGCCAGUGGGAAACCGCAAGAAGCAGUGUAUGGUCAAGCUGAGAUACACAAGAAGGUGAUGUCUCUGCAGUUCAGUGAGUGCCACACCAAGAUCCGUCACGUGGACGCCCACGCCACUCUGAGCGAUGGGGUGGUGGUGCAAGUCAUGGGAGAGCUGUCCAACAACGGGCAGCCCAUGAGGAAGUUCAUGCAGACUUUUGUGCUUGCUCCAGAGGGAUCUGUUCCAAACAAGUUCUAUGUCCAUAAUGAUAUCUUCAGAUACGAAGAUGAAGUAUUUGGGGAUUCAGAAGGAGAACUUGAUGAAGAAUCUGAGGAAGAGGUGGAAGAGGAGCAGGAGGAAAGACAACCAUCACCUGAACCUGUGCAAGAGAAUGCAAGCAGUACUUAUUAUGAGAACCAUCCUGUAACCAAUGGGAUAGAGGAGGCGCUGGAAGAAUCUUCUCAUGAACCUGAGCCAGAAUUGGAAUCUGAAACAAAAGCGGAGGAGCUGAAAGCUGAAGUGGAAGAAAAGACCCUUGAGGAGCUAGAAGAGAAAUCUCCAUCUCCACCUCCUGUAGAACCUGUUUCGCUGCCGCAAGAACCACCAAAGGCUUUCUCUUGGGCUUCAGUGACCAGUAAAAACCUGCCUCCUAGUGGUACUGUUUCUUCCUCUGGAAUUCCACCCCAUGUUAAAGCACCAGUCUCACAGCCAAGAGUGGAAACUAAACCUGAAGCUCAGUCUCAACCUCCUCGCGUUCGUGAGCAGCGUCCCAGGGAAAGACCGGGUUUUCCACCACGAGGACCUCGGCCAGGAAGGGGAGACAUGGAGCAGAACGAGUCGGAUAACCGUCGGAUAAUUCGCUAUCCGGACAGCCACCAGCUCUUUGUUGGGAACUUGCCGCACGACAUUGAUGAGAGUGAACUGAAAGAGUUCUUCAUGAGCUUUGGAAAUGUGGUAGAGCUUCGCAUAAAUACCAAGGGAGUGGGAGGAAAACUGCCUAACUUUGGGUUCGUGGUGUUUGACGAUUCUGAGCCGGUCCAGCGAAUUUUAGUUGCAAAACCCAUAAUGUUCCGCGGGGAGGUGCGCCUGAACGUGGAAGAGAAAAAAACCCGAGCCGCCCGCGAGCGAGAGACGCGCGGCGGCGGCGACGAGCGCAGGGACCUCCGCCGCAACGAGAGAGGCCCGGGGGGGCCCCGCGGCAUAGUGGGUGGCGGCAUGAUGCGGGACCGGGACGGACGAGGACCUCCUCCGCGAGGCGGCAUGGCACAGAAACUCGGCUCCGGACGAGGAACCGGGCAGAUGGAGGGCCGUUUCACUGGACAGCGUCGCUGAGAUCUCCGCUGUGGGCAGACAGUCUCGGCAGUGGUACAUUAUCCAUCGUGUUUGCAUUCUUGUUAAUUUUUUUUUUUAGCUUUGGAAUGUGACACAGCCCUUCUGAUCGUUUCUUUGAUGUGAAAACAUCCUUUGGUUUCCGGUUUAAAUUGAGGUGGACGUUUUUCCCCCAGUUUCGCAACAGGAGUCACACUCUUAAUUUAUAAAUGUGUACGUGGAGAAUUGAAGACUAAAAAUAAAGAAAAAAGAAAAAGAAACAAAAGAAAAGACCAGUUAACUAUCUGCAACAGAAGCUGAACUAAAGGACAUGCCCAGUAGAAAUCAGGUCCUUUCAGUCAAAAACCCUCUGCUGCACAUUUUGUGUAAGUGUUACCGUUCCUGCCUACUACUGUUGGAAACACAAAUAGUGCGAUUUGUGCAAUUGGAGAAGCUUGCCUUUUUUUUUGUUCCUUCUUAGAACACUCGGCUCCAAACAAACUCGUGUUUACGCACUCAUCAAAAUGCACUAAUGGGUCCUCUGAACUCAUUUAUACUGACAGCUGCAGGAGGCAUCGGAGGGAAAACCUUCAUCCUCUUACUCAGACAGAAUAGCUUGGGGAACGAUGCGGGCAUCUGCUCUGCUUGCUGUGACCAACCUCUGUACACACACAAACCUUAAUAAGACUACACCUUUGUUCCGGAAGGAAUCCAGUUAGCUGUAACCAGAACCCAGAGUUUCCGAGUCGUAGCCCUGAGUAUGCAACAAGUUGGAUAGCUCACGUCAGAUUUUUCUAUCCGCCCCUCUUCAGUGCAGGGAUGGCUGCUCAACACACUCCUCCUUCCCCUUCCCCCUUCGAGAAGCGUUGUACAGUGAAACUUGUCUUGACUGUAUUUGAGUUCUCUGGUAAUGUAAUAAGCAUGAUGGUGCCUUCUAUGAAUACAUCAUUCCAGUCUUGCUGGUGAUUUUGUACAGUAUAGUGUAUGAAGUACUGUGCUGCGAAGCCAAGCGGCUGCAAAGCAUUUAAAUAAUUGGAAAAUUGUAUUUAAAAAAUUGCAGUAUCUUUCAAUGAGUAAACGUUGCGAAAGUGAUCAUCCACCUUGCUCUUCAAUUAACAAGUUUGCCUGUUUUUUUUGCAGUGGGGGGGAAGGGAGGAUGAAGGCAUCCGAGUAGUCUCCAGGUUGUCUCUUUUCUUUAAUCAGUGUCAGAGUUACAGAAAGUGGAGUUCUAAUCUCUCUUGGACCUGAAUGUCAGAAGUCAGUCCAGAAUGCUGGAUGCUUCUGGCCAGCUGGUAAUGGGUAGACCUAAGCAUCCUUUGUGAAGGUGAGCUUAUCAAACGGGGAUACUGCAAUUUUCAGAGAACUAAACAGCAGCUCUCCAGUUCUUGCAUUUUCCAGUUGCACUUUUUAAAAAACUUGUACUCAUUUUGCACAUAACUCUCAGCUGAUGUUGACACCGGCGCGGCUCUGGCCCGACGGAUAGAAAGGAGGCAUCCUCUUGUGCGGUGUGACUGGCGGGCUCUCGUGGAGAGGUGUGUGUGGAUGGUGUCCCGGAGCUCAUUCCCCCGCAGCGCGGGCGGGCCCGCUGCCGGGAGCGCAGGGGGUGCUCGUGCUGCGUCCCUGCAGAGGCGUGACCGCCAGCAGCUGCCUCCGAACCUGGAAGACUUCAAGUUAAACAAGGGCAAGGGCAAGCACAAGCAGGGAGGGCAUCCUGGCAGCCUGGCUCUGCAUUAUGCAAUCGUUUGUGUGUUUGGAGUAGCGCGGAGGAUGUUGCUCGUCUUUUCUGAUACGCUAGGCAAGGGGAAGUGGCGCCUGUGCCUGUUCUCUCCCAGACUUGAGGUCUUCUGUGUUCCAUGGUAAGUCUUGCACUAUUUUCAUAUGCUUUUUUUUUGGGACACAUUUCUAGCAAUUGGCAUUUUCAUAUUUCAGUUUUUUUGUUGAAGGUCUUGCCAUUUCAGCUGCUACCUGGAAAUCUGUAGUACUUGAACUGCUCGCCACACAACUCCGCUCCUUAGGUUUGAAGCCCUCGGACAAAUUGCUGUCAUCAGUUAGCAGUUUGCCACCAGUGUGGUUUGUGUAGCCCGGAGGUUGUUUUUUCCUUCUGUAGUGCUGUGGUGUUCUGCUGCCACCUAAUUCGUUUGUAUGGCAAAUGGCACUGGAAAUAAUUGACAACAGAAACGGAGUAGUAAAAAGAGCUCCUGAGCCAUUCUGCUUUUUGGCUUGCUUCUUGUUUAAGUGACACGAACCCUUGGAACAUCAUCCAGAGAAGUUUACAUGGUGAUAGCUCACCUGCUGUACUGUGGACUCUUGCGUGUUCUUGACCCUCUUAAUAGUACAUGUACCUCUUAGAGCAAAGGAAGGGAUUCACUGACCAUUACUGUUAGUCGCUGAUUUGUGAAUGGUGGGAGUAUUUCGUCAUUACGGUUCUACUUCAACAAACUUGGCUGACCAUCCUGACUUUAGUAGGUAUUUGAGACAGUGGAUUACCAUCUUUAUUGCUGUAACUUGUCGAGCAUUAUAUGCUAGUAGAUUCUAGUUUAAUUGUUGCAGGUGGAAAGUAUUUUUACUUUUGAGUUUCCAUUCUGAAUGUGUUUUGACUAAACAUGCCAAUAAACUACUGAUGUCUGCAGCAUUUA